AUGUGCUCCCGCGGCUCCUGCCACGACUACGACUCCUCCUGCCACGGCUCCCGCUCCUCCUGCCACGAGUCCCGCUCCUCCUGCCACGACUCGGGGCCCUCCUGCCACUUCACCGUCCAGAGGCAGCCCGUGCAGAAGUUCAGCUACGUGACGCCCUGCUACGCCCCGGUGCAGCGCUAUUGCCCCCCGGUGCAGCGCUAUUGCCCCCCGGUGCAGCGCUAUUGCCCCCCGGUGCAGCCCUGCUGCCCCCCGGUGCAGCCCUGCUGCCCCCCGGUGCAGCGUCACUGCCCCCCGCUCUGCCCCCAGGUCACCAAGAACAUCUGCAAGCUGCCCGCCUACCCCAAAUUCUGA